UAGCUCUCUCCUUAUUUGCAAUUCUUUUGCCCCUGCCAGGAAAGCAAUACUCAAAGCCUACGAACAACCUUUCAAUUCAGAAACCAAAUCCUGAACUCUCCAGAAACUGCUCCGUCUCUCCUCUUCUAGCAUUGACAAGUAAUUGGAUUAAAUGACCGAACAUUUUGUGGAGUAACCUGUAUAUUGAAGUGAUGGUAUCAGUAGAAGAUUGGGUGCAAAAUUGUCUGAAGACAAAUAAGCUUCUACAGUGGAACUGAUAGUCUGUUCAUCGGGUAUGGGAGACAGUGAGACUCUAGUUGCUGAAACAUCUGCUGUCAUGAGUUAUUCAUCUGCAGGCUACACAAACACUAGUUAUGCUGGUGCCAGCACAAAUUCUGUUCCUGAUGCUGGUGCUUUUGCCUCUGGGGCUGCUGGAGAUUUUGCUGCCUCUGGUGCUUCAGUGGAUGGAACUUAUACUGUACCUGCUGCUGGUUCUGGUUUAAGUGAUGGGAAUGCUUAUAAUAUGGAUCCUAAUUCUGUUAUGCAACAAGUUCCAGCUGCUGGGGCCACCGCCACAAAGGAUAAUGUUACUGGUUUGGAAAAUGCAUCCAUGGCCCCAUCACAUGCUGCCAGUUAUAGUUCUCUAAAUGGCAAUGUUAGUGAAACUGGACAUGUAACUACAAUGGAAAAUGGAAAUUCUUUAGGUAUUGGAAGUGGAGCUCCCAGCGGACAAGGUGUUGUGGAUGGAUUGGUAGUGUCAGCAAUGUCAGGUGAAGAAGAUCGAUUGUGGAGCAUUGUGAAGGCUAAUUCGUCUGAUUUUAAUGCAUGGACCACUUUACUUGAAGAGACAGAGAAGCUGGCGGAGGAUAACAUACUGAAGAUACGUAGAGUUUAUGAUGCUUUUUUGGCUGAAUUUCCUUUGUGUUAUGGUUAUUGGAAGAAGUAUGCUGAUCAUGAGGCACGCAUGGGGUCCAUGGACAAAGUUGUAGAGGUUUAUGAACGAGCUGUUCAAGGGGUGACAUAUUCGGUAGAUAUUUGGUUGCAUUACAGCAUAUUUGCUAUAAACACAUAUGGAGAUCCAGAAACUAUCCGAAGGCUUUUUGAACGGGGUUUGGCAUAUGUUGGAACAGAUUACCUUUCCUUCCCCCUCUGGGAGAAAUACAUUGAAUAUGAGUACAUACAGCAGGAGUGGAGUCGUGUUGCCAUGAUUUACACUAGGAUGUUGGAAAAUCCGAAUCAGCAAUUAGAUCGGCAUUUCAGCAGUUUUAAGGAGUUCACUGGAAGUCGACCUUUGUCAGAGUUGAGGAUUGCUGAGGAAACAACUGCUGCUACUGAUGCUGAAGCAAUUUCUGAGGCCAUUGAUGAAGUAAAAGCAAAUGAGGGAGAGGACCAACCUGAAGCAGCUGAGCAUUCUUUUAAACCUGUAAGUGCUGGCUUAACAGAAGCAGAGGAGUUGGAGAAGUAUAUCGCCAUUAGAGAAGAGAUGUAUAAGAAAGCUAAAGAGUUCGAUUCUAAGAUCAUUGGUUUUGAAACAGCUAUUAGGAGACCCUAUUUUCAUGUGAAGCCACUAAGUAUUGCGGAGCUUGAGAAUUGGCAUAAUUAUCUGGAUUUUAUAGAAAGAGAAGGAGACUUCAAUAAGGUGUGUUCUUGUCUUCCUAACCAUCUAUCUGUCAGGCAAAGGAGGGUCCCUGUAUAUGAGGGGCCUCUCUAUUCUACUAAUGGAGUGGUGAAGUUAUAUGAAAGAUGUUUAAUAGCAUGUGCGAAUUAUCCUGAAUACUGGAUACGCUAUGUGUUGUGCAUGGAAGCCAGUGGAAGUAUGGAUCUGGCAGAUAAUGCCCUUGCUCGUGCAACUCAAGUCUUUGUCAAGAGAGUGCCGGAGAUUCACCUAUUUGCUGCCCGAUUCAAGGAGCAGAAUGUGGAUAUAGAUGGUGCUCGAGCAGCUUAUCAACUUGUUCAUACUGAAAUUUCUCCUGGCCUUCUUGAAGCCAUUAUCAAGCAUGCAAACAUGGAACAUCGGCUGGGCAAUCUUGAAGAUGCCUUUUCUUUAUAUGAACAGGCUAUUGCCAUUGAGAAGGGAAAAGAACAUUCACAAACAUUACCAAUGUUGUAUGCACAGUACUCUCGUUUUGUCUGCUUGGUUUCUGGAAACGCAGAGAAGGCUCGGGAAAUUCUUGUCAACUCACUUGAGCAUGUACAACUAUCAAAACCACUUCUUGAGGCAUUGAUUCAUUUUGAGUCAAUUCAGUCUCCACCAAGGCAAUUUGAUUAUUUGGAGUCAUUAGUUGACAAGUUUAUUGUGCCCAAUCCUGAUACCUCCAACACUGCAAGUGCUGCUGAGAGGGAAGAGCUAUCUUGCAUUUUUGUGGAGUUUCUCGGUCUCUUUGGAGAUUCACAGUCCAUCAAGAGGGCUGAAGACCGGCACGCAAAAUUGUUCUUACCUCAUAGGAGUAUGUCAGAGUUAAAAAAACGUCAUGCUGAGGAUUUCUUGGCUUCAGAGAGGGCAAAGAUGGCCAAAUCAUAUUCUGGUGCUCCGUCCCCUGCCCAUUCUUUGAUUGGUGCUUAUCCAAGUGCUCAAAAUCCUUGGACUGCUGGUUAUGGUGUGCAGCCCCAAGCUUGGCCACCAGCUACACAAGCACAGGCACAGCAAUACCCUGCCUAUGGUCAACAGCAGGCUGCAUACGGUGUAUAUAGUGGUUAUGGAAGUAGUUAUGCUACUCCUCAAAUACCAACAUCAGCACCACAAACUGCUGCUUAUGGUGCUUAUCCUCCUACUUAUCCCGUUCAGUCUGCCUUUCCCCAACAAAGUUAUGCACAGCCAACAGCAGCAGCAGCAACAGUAGCUCCAGCCCAGCAACCUGCAGCCACUGCCGCAGUCCCACAGGCCUAUUAUGGAAGUUAUUAUUAAGAGCUAAGCUAGAUUUGUACCAUACACCCUUUGCUGUCCUGAAGCCCCUUUUUAAUUUAAUGUAUUUUCAAUGCUUUUGUGUAGGCUUGACCAUACCUGUAACUUUGAUUCCUAAAACGUAGGAUGAUGUAGCCAGAAAAGACCAGAGGAGAGGGGAGGAUGGAGAGUGCUAUUAUUUUUGACACUGGUCUUUAGGUAACUUCUUAGAAGUGUAAACAUGCUACUAUGUAUUUUAGGUAACUGGCCCUUUUUUUUUUUUCUGAAAACUGAUUAUUCAGCAGUUUUACUUUUUGGCUGAUGAAGUAUACUACGCAGAAUUUGUCUA